AUGGAGCUAGCCGCGAAGGACCAAGAGGACGGCGAGACGCUCUGCACGCCCGACGUCGACGCGCCGCCGCCGCCGCCGGAGAAGCCGAGCGCCCGGGAGCGGUGCUGGAGCUUCUACUCCUCCAACUCCUUCGUCCUGAACGUCAUCGUCGUCAUCUGCGUCGCGCGCGCCGCGCCCUGGAUCGGCGCGGAGCACCUGGCGCCGCAGAUCACGGCGUCGCAGAUCAGCGUAAGUGUCAUCUUCUUCUUCACGGGCCUGGGCCUCAAGACGCGCGAGUUGAUCAAAGCUUUGGCGAACUACCGGUUCAACGCGUUCGUGCAGCUCUUCAACCUCGGCGUGCUGCCCGUGGGCAUCUGGUGCGUCUCGUCGCUCCUGCGAAGCAUGAACGCCCUGUCGCGCGGCCUCGCCAACGGCAUCGUCGUCUGCGCGUCCCUGCCGAUGACGGUGAACAUGGUCAUCGUGCUCACGAAAUCCGCGGGCGGCGACGAGGCCGCGGCGGUCUUCAACAGCGCCUGCGGCAAUCUGCUCGGCGUCUUCGUGACGCCGGGCUGGGUCGUGGCGCUCCUGGGCAAGAGCUCGUCCGUGGACUUUGUCGCCGUGCUGCUGAAACUGAGCCGGCGCGUGCUCGGCCCGCUCUUCGUCGGGCAGCUCGCGCAGUACCACCUGCCCAAGGUCGCGGCCUGGGCGAAGAAGCACAAGCCGCGGCUCAAGAAGCUGCAGGAGGGCUUGUUGACCUUCAUCGUCUACUGCGCCUUCUGCAACCAGUUCAAGAACGGCGAAUCCGCGCGCGCGUCCGACGUUUUGGUCAUGGUCGUCGUGCAGUGCGCGCUGCUCGGCGUCUGCAUGGGCCUCGCCUGGUUCGCCCUCGGCGUCGCGGGCUUCCCGCCGGCCCUGCGGGUCAUGGGGCUCUUCGGGUGCACGCACAAGACGGUGGCCAUGGGCGUGCCCCUCAUCGACGCGAUCUACGGCGACGACUCGAACAAGGGGCUCUACCUCCUGCCGCUGCUGGUCUGGCACCCGACGCAGCUCAUCGUCGGCUCCUUCCUCGCGAACCCGCUGUCCAAGUGGAUCGCGAAGCACCGGGCGUCGGCGGAGGUCGUCGCGGGCGAAGCGCCGGACGACGCCAUCGAGGCGCCGCCGCCGGACUCGCCGCUCGUCUCGAGGAAGGCCGCUUCCUAA